GCACAUCCCGGCGCAUCACGGCGGGCGGCGCCUCCUCUGCGGCAACCGCGCCUUGCGCAUUGCCGCAGCGCACGCCCCGGUGGCCGCUCGCUGCUUGCCGCGGCCGCACCGCCCUCGCGGGCUGUGGGCUGCGCCCGGCUGCCGGCCGACCCUGCACCGCUGCGGGCGCUGCGGCGCGCCCUUUGCUCAGGGCCGGUGUGCAGGCGGCAUGGGAUAAGACGCCGCCAUGGUGCGCCGAGAUCGCCUCCGCAGGAUGAGGGAGUGGUGGGUCCAGGUGGGGCUGUUGGCUGUGCCUCUGCUUGCGGCCUAUCUGCACAUCCCGCCCCCCCAGCUUUCCCCUGCUCUUCACUCAUGGAAGUCAUCAGGCAAAUUUUUUACCUAUAAGGGACUGCGUAUCUUCUACCAAGACUCUGUGGGUGUGGUUGGAAGUCCAGAGAUAGUUGUGCUUUUACACGGCUUUCCAACAUCCAGCUAUGACUGGUACAAGAUUUGGGAAGGUCUGACCCUCAGGUUUCAUCGAGUGAUUGCCCUUGAUUUCCUAGGCUUUGGCUUCAGUGACAAACCGAGACCACAUCACUAUUCCAUAUUCGAGCAGGCCAGCAUCGUGGAGGCUCUUUUGCGGCAUCUGGGGCUCCAGAACCGUAGGAUCAACCUGUUGUCUCACGACUAUGGGGAUAUCGUUGCUCAGGAGCUGCUCUAUAGGUUCAAGCAGAAUCGAUCUGGUCGGCUUACCAUCAAGAGUCUCUGUCUGUCGAAUGGAGGUAUAUUUCCUGAGACUCACCGUCCUCUCCUUCUCCAAAAGCUUCUCAAAGAUGGAGGCAUGCUGUCACCCAUCCUCACGCGACUGAUGAACUUCUUCGUAUUCUCUCGAGGUCUCACCCCGGUCUUUGGGCCAUACACCCGACCCUCUGAGAGUGAACUGUGGGACAUGUGGGCAGGGAUACGCAACAAUGACGGGAACUUGGUUAUCGACAGUCUCUUGCAGUACAUCAAUCAAAGGAAGAAGUUUAGAAGACGCUGGGUGGGAGCUCUUGCCUCUGUAUCUAUUCCCAUUCAUUUUAUCUAUGGGCCACUGGAUCCAGUGAAUCCCUAUCCAGAGUUUUUGGAGCUGUACAGGAAAACGCUGCCGCGGUCCACAGUGUCGAUUCUGGAUGACCACAUUAGCCACUAUCCACAGCUAGAGGAUCCCAUGGGCUUCUUGAAUGCAUAUAUGGGCUUCAUCAACUCCUUCUGAGCUGGAAAGAGUAGCUUCCCUGUAUUACCUCCCCUAUUCCCCUAUCUGUUGUGUAUUCCACUUAGCAAGAAACGCCCAAAAGAGGUCCUGGCCACCAAACACUAUUCUCUCACAAAAGUCCACCUGACUCACUCACACUGGUGAACAGCAUAUAGUAAAAAGCCAGCAGAAGCUCUAAGGGUGACCUAAUAGUCCACCUCCCAUUCCUUUGACAUCUGAUCAAGUGUAUGGACUUGCCUUUGUGUUAUUAGGAAAUUCUGAUGGGCACUACUACUCACUGAUGCAGAAAGAUAGGCAGACAUUCUUUCUUUUGCAUAAAAGUCUUUGAAACACUUCUAUGGACUUUUCUGAAAUAUUUAGAAAUGCUAAUUUCUGGCCCUGAUUGGAAUUAUCUAAAGGUGCCACCUUCACCUCGCCUUGAAUGGCUUUAAUUCUCUAAGUAAGUGACACAGAUUCAAGUGAGAAUGAGUCUCCCUCGUCAUAACUUUGGAUUUAGUUUCAUUAGCUGCUUCUAACUGUAGUCAUUUUGUUAGACUUUGGUUUCAAUAAUGCAGUAUUCUAAGUAUACUUUAAGACUAUGAUUUACCUACAUGUAUUAUGUAUGUAUUUUAUAAGGACACUAAACCAGCAGACACUUACUCUAGCAGAGUAGUUUAACCUUAUAAAACAUGUUUCAUUUCUGAGUAAAUUGAACUAAAGCCAAGCUAUUUAUAGAAUUUCCUAAAAUCACAGAACAUUAAGGACAGUAGUCUCUGUGCCAGAGAUUUACUGUUAUUUGCAGUUAGAACUGGUCUUUCCAGCUAAUAACAGUCGGACUCGUCAUACCUCAGUGCUUAGAAGCAUGUCCCUCCUGAGCCAGAGUGGAGAGGAGGGGAUCGUUGUACAGUCCAAGUUACCAGGCUGAAUAUAUAUAUAUAUACUGAUUGCUUAACUUCUCGUUGGCUGUCCCAGAGAGGGUUCCUCAUGUAGCUCAGCAAUUCCUGUACUUUACAGACGGGAAAGUUCCAGAAACUUUAAGAACAAAGUCUGAAAGUUCUAUGAGCAAAUGGUGCUGAAUACUUUUUUUUUUUAAGCCACAGUUUCAUUGUCUUAGUUAAAACAGGAUUAUUAAGUGGUGAUUUUAAAUUCUUUUUUUUUUUUAUUAGCAACUUCAAGUAUAACAACUGGAAUAAGUGUUUAUUUUCUAUUAAUAAAAAUGAAUUUUGACAAAAGUGGACUCUGGCUCCCGCUCCCCCACCACCCCUCUGGGAUAAAAGCUUUCCAACAUUGCCAGGAGCUUUCAGAUACACAGUGAAUUAAAGAAUUUAAUGAGGUUAAGCAGCUGGGGCAUAGGAUAGUAUUUGAUUUUCAAGAUCACCCAAAGCUGUACUACCAUACCAAAGCUGACCAAGUGUAAUAAAAAGAAAAAGGAACAAAAACAAAAAGACAUGCACAAGGACAGACAUCUGCUUGAUCUGCUGGCUCAGGGCCAAACAUUUAAUUUGCUUUUCUGAAGUCAUUCAUUUUUGAAAGUAUGAUUCUGGGAAAUUCAUGCCAAUAGCCUGAAAGCCCACUGACAGUGAAGGGUACAUCAACUUCAUCUCACCCAGUAAAAACUUAUCCAACAGAAGCCAAGAUAACAUCUACAGGUGUUCCCUCUUUGCUUCUGACAGUCACCUGCAUGGUCACCCCAUCUGCUAAGGCCAGCCUGGACCUCACCAAUAAAUCAUAGCCACCUCUGUAUACACCUGAGAGGAAAAAAGUGAGGAAAACCAUGUUAAGAACUCAAAACAAGC